AUGUUGCCAUGGAGCCUACAGGAUGAUUUCGAAUUGGAAAAGGCUAAACCGGUCUUGGAUUUUCUUAAACAUCUCGCAACAAGAGCCGACCUUUUGUUGGAGCAACAGAGCAACCACACCAGCUACAACCAUUUUCUCAGAAAUAUGGUUUGGGUCUAUUACCAUCUAAACGACAUUGACAAACUUGCCCAUUGCGUUUCACUUUUACGAAACCACUUGGACGAGCAAACAAUUGCAUACCAUCUUAAUGCCCUCAUGACAAAUUACGAAUUUGAAGCUUUCAAAGCAGAGUUCAAGAACAUCAUCAUCAACAACAAUAUCAAGUUUUCUGCAAACUUGUUUGACUUUAUCGUCACGCAGCUAAUCUCCAGUGACUGUUUGUUUGAGAUUUUAUUCCACUGCUAUCAAGUUUGGGAUAUAGCUCCCAAAUGCGAGCGUCCAACCCCCGAGCUGAUGUGCAAGAUCUUGCACGAGAUGUACAAGUAUGGUACGUACCCGGAAGUGCAAACUUUUGAGAGUCUUGUGAUCAAGCAUUAUGGCGCGCAUUUUUCAGUGCAAAGUGAAGUUUUCCAAAACGAAAUCAAGAUACGAGAAUACAUUUCAUUAAAGAAGAACUUGAGUGACGCAGAUUACGACGUUAUUGAAAGGAUCAUGCCCGAUGACAACCAGGAAGUGGAAGCAUUUUGCCUUCUGUGGGUCAAGUUUAUGGCUCUUUAUUCCGACUUGGAGAAUGUCAAGUAUAUCAUUCAAUUGUACCACGAUAAAACCGGUGAGUCGAUCCCUCCCGGGUUCUUUAAGCUGCUAGUGAAAUAUUACAGAGGUAAUAAUCAAUUUCACCAGCUUUUGAAGCUUUUCAAAGAAAGCACCAAAACCAUUCCUUACAACGAGGAGUAUUUGAAGUCCUUAGCUGGAGCUUUCAUCGAUUGCUACUCUAGAUUUGCACCGGAGUUUGUCUCGCAGUUGAACCAAUGGUUGGGCAAGCCCAAUUUUUUCAAGUUGCAAAAGCUAGAGUCUCAGUUUACGCCGUUUCAUUUAGCAGAACCUAUAAACUUGAGAAAAUAUAGAGGGUUUGGAGAUUUGCGACGACCUCGCAACUCGAGAUCUUAUGAUAAUGAUUUUGGUGGUGUCUCCGGUAGUAUCCGGCCACGACUGCAAGCGCAAGUGCAAGUGCAAGCAAACCUCGCAAAAGCCGAGGUCAGAUUCCGCAUCGAGGAGGGUUUCCCCGCAUUGAUUGAACGCGGCAUCAGACCAGACGUGAAAGUCGUAUAUGAAACUUUCCGCGCCGGUGGAUUGGAAGAUGCGAUAUUGAUCAAAAACUUGCUUCAGCGAACCAGACAAUAUAACUGGAAAGUUGAAAAGCUAUUUGAGCUUCGAACGUUGCAGCACCAUUCUUUAACGAAAGAGAUUGCAUUGAGGUACUUCCGUGAAAACAAGGAUCAGCUCAACGAUAGCCACAAGUUUAUAUUCAUUCGGAUCUUGAUCAAUUUCGACUUGUUUGAAGAAGCGCAGUAUCUACUUGACGGUCUUGACACCUACUAUAUGAAUGACAAGAACAAAGCCUUUCAAUUGAAUCUCCAGUUGAGGAUGUACUUGGCCCAGAAUGAAUUUCAGGAAAUGAUUCGGGUAAUCAAACAAUUUCCCCUCGAGCUGGCUUAUUUGUACCCGUCCAUGGUGAAUAACUGCAUCCAUGUUGAAAGCGCAUUGAUUCGCAAGUUGAGAAAGAAAAACGGAGACGGCUUGGUGUCAGAUAAGGAAAAGCUUGAAGUCGGACAGCUAUGCUUGCUGACUUUACGAGAUUUCACGGCAAGAGCUGAGCUGGUGAUAUUGGAGGAUGAUGGGAAGAUACCAGAGUUGAUUGCAAGCACUUUUGAAACUUUGGACGAGUGGCGUAACCACUCCCACCAGAUCUGA